AUGUGUCUAAUUUACAUUUCCAAGAUGAGUGUUUAAAGAAAUUUUGAUUUUGACCGUUUUACUUAUCUUAUACCGUUCGUUUUUUCCACGAGUAAGCGAUGUAGCGUCACUAAAAUGGCGAUUACAUUAAGUGUAUUAUUCGUGCAAAAAUCAUUAUUCUUAUAGCAAUAAUUCAGUAAAUAUACAAAAAAAGAUGGCGGAUAAUGAUGACCUCUUGGAUUACGAAGAUGAAGAACAGACUGAACAAUUAGUUGAUGGAAGUAGGGAUACACCUGCUAAAAAAGAAGUGAAGGGCACAUAUGUAUCUAUUCACAGUAGUGGAUUUAGGGAUUUUCUUCUUAAACCAGAAAUAUUACGUGCAAUUAUUGAUUGUGGUUUUGAACAUCCAUCUGAAGUACAACAUGAAUGCAUUCCCCAAGCAGUACUUGGUAUGGAUAUAUUAUGUCAAGCAAAAUCUGGCAUGGGAAAAACAGCUGUAUUUGUGCUAGCUACAUUACAACAAUUAGAAUUAACAGAGAACCAGGUCUAUGUCCUUGUCAUGUGUCAUACACGAGAACUUGCUUUCCAAAUUAGCAAAGAAUAUGAACGAUUUAGCAAAUAUAUGCCUCAUGUGAAAGUCGGUGUAUUUUUUGGUGGUUUACCAAUUCAAAAAGAUGAAGAAGUCCUAAAGAACGUAUGUCCUCAUAUUGUUGUUGGUACACCAGGUCGUAUCCUUGCUCUUGUUCGAAAUAAAAAAUUAAAUCUGAAACACUUGAAGCACUUUAUACUCGAUGAAUGUGAUAAAAUGCUCGAGCUAUUAGACAUGCGCAGGGACGUACAGGAAAUAUUUAGAAGCACUCCACACGGUAAACAAGUCAUGAUGUUCAGCGCUACAUUGUCCAAGGAGAUACGUCCUGUCUGCAAAAAGUUCAUGCAAGAUCCCAUGGAAGUCUAUGUGGAUGAUGAAGCGAAACUCACGUUGCACGGUCUACAACAACAUUAUGUGAAACUAAAAGAGAAUGAAAAGAACAAGAAGCUAUUUGAAUUACUUGAUGUACUUGAAUUUAAUCAGGUCGUUAUCUUUGUAAAAUCUGUACAAAGGUGUAUGGCUUUGGCACAACUUCUAACAGAACAAAAUUUUCCUGCGAUUGGUAUACACAGGGGUAUGACUCAGGAAGAACGGCUAUCAAGGUACCAACAAUUUAAAGAUUUCCAAAAGCGAAUUUUGGUAGCUACAAAUUUAUUUGGACGCGGUAUGGAUAUUGAGCGUGUAAACAUAGUGUUUAAUUACGAUAUGCCAGAAGAUUCGGACACAUACCUACAUCGAGUAGCCAGAGCUGGUCGUUUCGGUACCAAGGGUCUUGCUAUUACAUUAGUCAGUGAUGAAAGUGAUGCUAAGAUACUAAACGAUGUUCAAGAACGGUUUGAUGUUAAUAUUACAGAGUUACCAGAUGAGAUAGAUCUAGCUUCAUACAUUGAAGGACGAUAAAUAUAACAUCAUUCCCCAAAAUAAAUUUGAGACUACGAUAAAGCACAUGAAAAUUUAAACGCUAUACCGUACACUUGUCAUUAUGUAUCCACAUUAAGUAUAACAUAUAUUUUGUAUCGAUUUACAAUUUUCUUUUCAUUGAUCUGACAAACCUUAUGAACAAGUGACAUAAUCAAACUAAUUAUAGUUACGCUAUGAUUCUUCUAAUGAACUACAAUAAAUAAUUCACAUUGUGAUUGUACAAUACUAUUUUAACUUUCAUUCUACGUUCAGUAAAUAAGAAUUGCGUGCAUAAAUAGAACUAAGAGAAUACAUUUUGUGUCCUCUUUAAUACCUUAUGUAAAUGAAAUAAAUAUUUCUCUUUUUUUAUAUA